CUACGAUGAAGUUUUUCGAGUCAUCCUUCAAAAGAUACUUAUAUCUGCACCUUUUAAUACAUAUUGACAACAUCAUUUAUUGAACUCAACACAUAUAGUAAACAAAUAUCGCUACAAAGUCAAUCAAAAACUCUAAAAAAGUAAACUUUAGAUCAAGGGCGCCCAAAUUUACCAAAAAACUAUAAUCACUUUGAUCAUUAACCCCAAACUUUUUCCGCAUUAGCUCAACAAUGUAAAGUUUCAUUCUUGAUAGAUAUUUGGCAAUAAUCAUGGAAUGCAAGACGAUUUGAGUGGAAUCUAUAACACGCUGUAAAGUGGGUAAGAAAUCCAUUAGAAAACAUUUCCAACUUUCAUAUGUGGUACUACAAAUCCCAUUGUACACUCUCAAAAGAUAAAUUCCUGAAUGCAAUAAAUUCUCCUAGAUUUUUCCACCUCGAUUUCGCAGAUAAGUCAUAAGAACUGAAAAUACAAUAAAUUCAAUAUGCAAUCCAAUAAAAAAUGCAUUUUUUUCCUGCUUUCAAUUAAAACACCGAAGGCAGUAGUCUUCAGUAGCAUCCAGUGUCUUCUGCAUCUAUUACGAAACCAUCUUGACUCGUCUUCUUUUUCUUUUAACGAUAACGUAAUCUUCAAGUUUUGCCCAUAAGUCAAAUACAGCAAAGGAAUAAUAAGUAGGCAUGUACACAGGCAACUUUACUGAGAAAAUGUUUGCAUUUCGCGCGAUCGACCUCUAGUCUAUCUAAUAUAUAACUAAAUACUUCUCUAACCCUCUUGUAGUUGUCUUGCCUUUUUGCAAAUGAUUACGGAUGCCGCCGAAACACCUUCAACAUCGCGUACUACUUACAACUAUUUUUCCCUGUCCUAUGAUGCAGUACUAUCCACUUUAGUGUACAGUACGGAGCUGUAUUGUAUGGAGGGUAUUUGAAAUCUCGAUUCUUUGGCAUUUUCCUUUGCAUGAUUUUAAAAUUUCAUCCGCUACAUGUCUAUCACGUUCCCACACUCCCACAAAGGCUAAAAAGGUCUUUUGGUUUUUUUUAUGUCUGUGAUUUUCUCUUACCAUCUAUCGCGGCAGCGCUUCAUUGCAUAUUUCCCCUGAAGGUGUUUUCUUACUUAAAGACAUCUUAGAAGUGGGUACCAAGUGACGAAAAAAGAUGCUGAUGAAAAGCCAUUCAAAAUUAGAAUAUGUACAUUGAAAAUGAGUUUAUGAACGGUCAGUUGAGAAGGUCGUUUAUCCUAUUGCCCAACUCAUUCUGAUAAUCUGAUUCAAGAACUUGUUAACUUCAAACCAAAGUCAAGAGGGAUGCUGCCUAUGCAAAGCGAAGACACUGAAAAUGUCCCCAUAGAUUGAUCGUUUCAAAAAUAUGCACAAGCACAGAAACCUUAUCAAUUGAAAAAUCAACGACUUUUCCUUAUUCUACGAAUACAAGAGUAAUGAUUUGAGGCACGGCUCAGCAAAAGAAUCUACUUCACUUAAAACGAACGCUCCUUUCAAACCAAGGAUGCUGUAAAUCGUUCCAAACCCAUCCAUCCCAUCUAACCAAUAUACCAAAAGUCGCCUCCACUUACCAUCUAACAAGCUUAUACUGCAUCGAUCGAUUACCAAGCAACCAGUAAAACUUAUUCUGCAUUCUAUGUGCAAAUGCCUUAAGCUAAUGUCGUGACGUCGUGUCUUAAAGAUGACCCCAUCCAACUUCCCAACAUCCACAUAUCAUACCAACAAUCUCUUAGAGUGAAGCUCUAACCGAAGUAGUUGGAUGGUCUUCAGAUAGUUGAAUUGUUGGCGGAAUCUUCAUUGGCGUUAGCUUGGCUCUGACUACAGCACGAUGAACAGUAAACAACAACCUUAGGUCUCCCUUUCGUUUUCAUUUCAUUUGUAAUUCGACCCCGGCUAAGUGUAGUCAUCCUCGUAGUAAGAAAACAUCUGCAAUUAUUUUAAGAUAUUCACAGUGUGGAAAGACUUGGUACUUCUUGGUCGUAUAGUUUCAUCUAAUGAUUGAGUAUGCAGUGUGUUCGCGUAUUGAGUCAUCUCUGCAUUGAUUUGGAUACUGGUAAAAAGCAAGAAUAAUAAAAAUUCUAUUUGAUAUCUACUGUUCAAGAUAUUUAAUAAAAAUUGACAUAAAGUGUACAUGAAAGUGUGUUUUGUGACUAUCACAGUGUAGUGAAACAAUUAUCAACAAAUUAUAAAUAGAUGAGAGAAUAAACUCGAAGAACUUCAACAUGAGGAUUAUACAACUUGUUCUGAUACCACUCGUUGGUCUCCUUUCACUACCGCACACAUUUUCCCAGUAUCUACCGAAACCAUGGCCAACAUACAGUCUAGAUAAUAUGCCAAGAACAGGUUUCUCAUGCCAGGGAAAAAUCCUUGGAGGCUACUAUGCAGAUCCGGAAACUCAAUGUCAAAUGUUCCACGUUUGCGUUAAGGUGGCUGGAGUCGGGGUCAAAGAUUUCCGCUUCCUGUGUCCAAAUGGUACAGCAUUCGACCAGGAGGCACAAAUCUGCGCUGAUUGGGGAGACGUUGACUGUGAACAAGCAACACUCUACUACAGUAGUGAUAAUUUCGAUUUGUACCGAUUAGGUUCAGGUUUCGAGAGUAAACGUGCUCCAGCAGUGGAAGAUGAACAACCUUUCCAUCUACAGAAUGCCGAGUCAAACGACCUACGUCGAACUCCUCAGCAAAAUUCAAACAGUCAAAGCUUCAACCGCAAUAAUGUAGCGAACUACAAUGACGAUUCAGGUUCAUACUCCAGCAAACCGAACUAUGGCAAUACACGUAAUGUUCCUAAAGUUAGAUCAACUACCACUACGACAACCACUGAAGCAAGUUAUCACGCCGAUAGAAGAGGUGAUGAUGAAAUUUUCAAAGGCUCACAUAGUUCUAACUUCUUCAACAACAAAAACAAUGGAAAAGAAGAGGAUCUUGUAGAUUUCCCGCAGAAACCACAGCCUCAAAGGACCUACACUAACAGGGGAAGACCACGACCUCAAAGUCACACCAGAAAUCCAUUUAUUAAUAACAACAACAACAUCCAACCAUUCCCUUCGAAAGCAAGUGAACAGCCAUUUGAACAAUCCACAACAACAACAACAUCAACGACCACCUACUCUCCACCUACAACACCUAGAUUCCGGCCAGUACCAAAUAACCAACCUUCUUUCCAGAACAAUGUUAAAACCGUAUCCCUCCAGUCCUCCUUCAGAACAGGAAAUUCCCAAGACAAUGACAACAGCGACCAAGGACAAGUGUACACCUCAAGCACCGAAAGUGUGCCAUUCCAACGAAACAACUUCCAACAAGGGAACGGUUAUUACAAAUCAACUACACAACAAAGAAUUCAACCCACCACGUACAGUCCACCCCACAGUCCGUUCAAUGUCGAAACCUCCUCAACUUCCAAUGAUGACUUCCGGCGGUACGAUAAGACGCCCACAACACCUGCCCAAAAAUUCAAGCAAACUCCACAUAACUCUUUCUACAAUGCCCAGUUUGAAAAAGAAGCUACUGAAAGUUAUGAUCAAAUAAGGAUUCAAGAAUUCUCAAACCAACCCAAUAGGACAGCACCAGUAAACGAUGUAGUUCGAACCGUUCCAAAGCCAACACAUCGCGUCAAUGUUCAGCAACAGAAUACAUUCAAUGAAAGGCAGAUUUCCUUUAAUGAAAGACAAAAUAAUUUCAACGAAAGGCAAAACAAUUUCAAUGAGAGGCAGAAUUCCUUCAACGAAAGACAGAAUACCUUCGAUGAAAGACCAAAAUCUUUCAACGAGAGACCAAACUCCUUCAAUGAAAGACAAAAUUCAUUCAAUGAAAGACAAAAUUCGUUCAACGAAAGGCAGAAUAAUCCGGAAACCUCUCCAAAUCCCGAAGAAAAACCUGCCGAUAAUUUUAGCCAGCCACAACCAAAACCACAACGAUCGCGCAGACCAACGCACUUCCGAGGAACGAAAAAUUUCAAUAGAGCAUCAUUGGACGAUGAGCUCAGCAAUCCACUAAAUGUUCGACCACUUGAAAUCCAAACAAAACCCUCAAGUACCACUCAGGCACCCAACAGGUUCGAGCAGAAUAACAAUAGUGGAUUUAGUAUCAACUUCAGGCCCUCUCCACGUCCAUCUCAACCAACGACCCCAAAUGGUUACAGUACCCCAACAGCUUUCGAAGUUCCAGAUGUUAAUCGCGCCGCCCCAUCACCCUUCUCCUUGCCACCAGAGCAACAGCAGGUGAAACAAGGACCAAUCGUCAACAACACACAACAAGAAAACAAUGAUUAUUUCGCUAAAACUCCCUUCCAAACCUUGCCUACUUUUAAUGAGUCCCCAAGAGGAUUCAGUCUAAAUCCGCCUUUCAAAAACCAAAACUUCGGUCAAUCUCGAGCACCCAAUACUACUCCGAAAUCAAGUAGUCCAAAGAAAUAUGAGGAGCAGCCUUUUGAUAACUACACGCCAUCAUCACAAACCAAGAAAUUCUCGACACUUGUUCCCAAGGACCAAUUUUACCCGACCACCUUCAAACCAGCUACUUACAAAAAAGUCAUCCAAGGAUAUGAUCAAAAAUUAGGGACAUCUACUAAAUUCGCAGCUUCGAGCUACUUGCCUUCCACAUCCACGACCACAUAUCGUCCCCAGCCUGCAAGUGACCAAGGUGACGAAGAUGACGGUCAAUACCACCCAGAGUUGUACGAGAAAGACUUUGCCAGAAACAAGCUAAAGUCCCGCAAACAGCAGCAACGUCCUUCUUACGAUAGAAAUUUCGACAGGAGACCAUCUGAAGCACCCACAGACACUGAAGAUGAUGAAUUCCUCAACACAGCACAUUCCCUCAACAUUGCGGCCGGAGCAAAUCAACUGAGAGCUGAGAAAACAAAACAAUCUAGUCCAACAGCUUUCAGGACUCCAACAACGUCCUAUGUAUCCGCAACAACAACGACAACAACGAAAAGACCAAUUUCACCGCCAAAAAAUAAACAGAGUUCGAAGAAGAACCACAAAGGUGCUAAUGAGGAUACAAGCUAUGACUAUGCCUACUAUGAUUCGUUCAGCGGAAACCCUCAGGACUACGAAUACGAUCUGAUUUCAGAAUUUGGAAAGACUAGGAAGCAUUAAACUUUAAUUACACCGUGCGGAGUGUAAUUUCAGAUGUUAUAUUAGUGAUAAGUUCGAUUUGAGUAUGAGAUAGCCUCACAUUGAUAUUCGCCCAUUUUCUAGGCCUCCCUACCUUAGUCCUGCUUCAGUUCCUCUUAAUUGCAGGGUUGAAGUCGGCCAAAAAUUCGUUAUUUGAAAGUUCUUUACCUCAAGUUUUUAGUCCUGAGAUUUUGUCAAUAUCUUUUUGAUACUUCCACAAACAAUUGUACCCACCUCUUUCUAGGAAUGAUCUGAAGGUUCUAUCGCUGUUUAUCGUGGACCCACCAGUAGUCCUUCCUCAUUUUAACUGCGCAUUCCGCAUUAGCCAGUCGAAUAACACUGUGGGGCUUGUUGCUUUCACUUAUUACGCACAAGAUUACUUGUCUUAAGUAUUUCGUCUAAUGCGAAGCUCGAUACAACUUAUAGAUUAUCAGGGGCUAGUAUCCCGUGAUUUUCCAAUGGUCUAGCUACAAUGUCAGUUACUCAUUCCUUAUGAGUACCUGAAUUGCAGCUAGACCUCUGGGAAAUACGAGCUACCAGUUCUCCACUAUCUAUAAUGAAACAUUGCCAGUUAUUGUAUUAUUUGUAUCAAUUCAGAACCCUAGCGUUCUUGUGUAUUAGAAUUAUUGAAAGGAUGUAUUGCGAUAUAUGAACAAUACCCUGCAUUUUUAUAUUAUGUAUUAUGUAAUAAAAAUAAUGUAGUUUUUAAUAAAAAUAUUUCAAAAAAAA